UGACGUUCCCAUUAAACGAAUAGUACCGCAUGAUACCGGAUCAUACUGGUAAACACAUCAAGUAAAUAUUCCACACUCGAUCUGCUCGAACAACGAAUUUCAGCUGUGGAAAUGUCCGGCUACAAGUUGUAUUACUUCAAUGUUCGCGGUAGAGGAGAACUUGCCAGGCUCGCCUUCGCUGCUGCGAACAUAGAAUUCGAAGAUAUCCGUUUGACAAAAGACGAAUGGGCUAUAGAAAAAGCCACUGGCCGGUCUCCAUUCGGACAAGUGCCAUUUAUCAUAACUCCAGACGGCAAAGUGCUUGGCCAGUCAUUUGCAAUUAUGAAGUACAUAUGCAGAGAAGCAGGUUUAAGUCCAGAAGAUAUUUUUGACGAGGCCGUAGCUAACAUGAUUUGUGAUGGACUUGAAGACCUUCGCAAUGGCUGUGUAAAGAUUUACUAUGAGCAAGAUGAAGCUAAAAAGGAGGAAAUGAAGAAAGAAUUUAUUGAAAGUACUCUUCCAGCACGACUCCAGAAACUGGAAGCCAUUUUAAAAGAUCAUAAUGAAGGCAAGGGUUUCUUUUUAGGUGACAAGUUGACCUACGCAGAUAUCACUUUCUUCGACCUUGUGAACCUUUUCUCGAGUGGUGAGCCAACGGUCCCGGAACCACUUGAGAAGUUUCCGCUGUUGGUGGAUCUUUACAAACGCUUUUUGGAGUUGCCAGGAAUCAAGGCCUGGGUCGAGAAACGCCCGAAAACUGACCAUUAAAAGUCAUGUGAUCAUCGAGGUGUUUGAUCACUGGACUUGGCAGUGAUAAGGCAAAGCCGAAAUAAAAUAGCUUCUGAGAUAUCUGAAA